AUUUUGAAUCGACCGCGUUGUCAAUCCCUCCUCAAAGCAUCCAAACUGCUCAUUCAGCUUCGUAUGCAUGUGCAAACCCCAAGAACCUCGGUAGUACUUCUCUAGUUUCUUUCCGGCAUUAUUACAAACCCCCCUCAAACAAUCUCACCACCCACCCGUCAAUUUUAGUCCGUAACAUAAUAUCGCCGUCAACAUCCGCACACGUAAAUCAAACCAAAAGCUCCUCUCCACCCAAUUUCUCUUCCCAUUCCCAAUUCAAACCGUAAACACCACAACCAACAACAGCGCCAAGCCUUUUCCUUCGUCACCUAGCAAUCACCAACAAACCCCAUCACACCAUCGCCCAAAAGAAUUCUACCAAAAGGAACCAAAAACACAACCAUGCCCCCCAAAUCCCUAAACAACACUUACAUCUUCCCACCCUCCCCCCAACGAAACAAAAUCAUCCUAGUCGGCGUAAUAAUGGCUCUCGCCGCCCUUCCCACACCCGCCUUCCUUCUCCCUUCCUCAACCGUCCUUCCGCCAAGAGUCGCGCGGUACCUGCGUUACUGGCAUAAUUUCACUUAUUAUUUCAUAUACCUUAUACACGCAGCCGAAACCGCGUGGUUUACAACUCAACUAUCCAAGUUCGGGGUUCGCUUUGGGAGCGGCGCGUGGUGGAAGUGGAUAGGGACGAGUUUUGUCGGGGGCAUGUUUUGUUUUGAGUAUUUUGGGAAGGCGGUUGGGGAGAAGAUUUGGUGAGGUGCGGGAGAGGAGGAAAGCAGAUGGGGGAGGGUUACGUCGGGCGAGAUGAGGUAGUUGGGUUUGCAGAAAGAUUGCUGCUGCGAGGGAGGGGUUGGGGCUUCUGUGUAAGAGGUCUCGAGGAGGCUGAAUAGAUUGCGAGGACGCAGUUUAUUUGGAGGGCGGUGGAGGUGUGGAAGGCGCGGUUUUCGUGGCUGGUUGAUAGGGUGCGGAAGGAAGGGAGUUCUGAAGCGUCGAAGUAGGGGCGCAUGGCGUGGUUUUGAUCUUGGUUGUUUUAGAGCGCUUUGAUACUGGCGUAAGUGUAUUAUGUUUCAUAAAAGAGAAGAUUAUAUGUUCAAUCCGAGUACUUGAAUAUGAGAGAAAGGCCAAUCACUUUAAAAGUCGAAAUGAUGGUGUGGCGAGGUACGGACGGGAGAACAAUAGUAAGAUGAAGAGGGGUGUUUGAGCAAGUGAUGG